AUGAGUCCCAAACACGUCGUCUUUAAGAAAGUUUCCCGAGACAAGUCGGUGGCGGUCUACAUGGCCCAGAGAGACUUUGUGGAUCACUGUGACUUUGUGGAUCCAGUCGAUGGACUGGUUGUGAUCGACCCGGUGCAACUCAAAGGAAAGAAAGUUUACGUGAUGCUGUCAUGCACGUUUCGGUACGGCCGCCAGGACAUGGAUGUGAUGGGCGUGGCCUUCAGGAGGGACCUGUUCCUGGUGACCCGGCAGGUUUACCCUGAGCUGCAGGACAAAGAGAAGCUGACUCACACCAAGAUCCAGCAGAAGCUGCUCCGAAAGCUGGGAGACAAUGCCUUCCCCUUCUUCUUUGAGUUUCCAGACAACCUGCCGUGUUCUGUUGCUCUGCAGCCCGGACCGUCUGACGUGGGAAAGAAAUGUGCGGUGGAGUUUGAAGUGAAAGCUUUCUGUGGUGAGAACCAGGACGAGAAGAUUGACAAGCAGAGUUCAGUUCGCCUCAGCAUCCGUAAGAUCCAGUUCAGUCCAGAAAACAGUGAACUGGUUCCAGUGGCUGAAACCACUUUUGAGUUCCUGAUGUCUGAGAAACCGCUACACGUCAAACUGAGCAUGCCCAAAGAGAUUUUCUACCAUGGAGAGCCUCUCAGAGUGAAUUUAGAAAUUACCAACUCGUCCACCAGGAACAUCAAAGACAUCAGUUUGUCAGUGGAACAGGUUACCAACAUCGUUCUCUACUCCAACGAUAAAUACGUCAAAUCAGUGGCCAAAGAAGAGACAACGGACACCGUCCCCUCUGGAACCAGCCUGAAGAAGGAGUACACUCUCUGUCCUCUGCUGGCUCACAACAAGGACAGGAGAGGACUCGCUCUGGACGGACGACUCAAACAUGAAGACACUAACCUGGCUUCAUCCAGCAUAGUGAAGCAGGAGGUGCUGAAGGAGGUUCAGGGGAUGCUGGUCUUUUAUAAGGUUGUGGUGAGGAUGAUCGCUUCUGGAACUGUCGGAUCAAGUGAGGUGUCUUUGGAGCUUCCAUUCAAACUGAUGAAUCCUAAACCUGAACCAGCCAAAGAGAGCGAACCGGACGACUUGGUGUUUGAGGAGUUCAAACGAGUCUACCUGAAGGGGGUCGUCUAUGGAGACGACGACGAAGGCAACGCCUCAAUCAUAGAACUGUUGUGA